UACGCCCCUGGUAUACAGCUAACCUUCAGAGUUUCUGACUCUUUUUCCAGUGACUGACCAGUGGACACCAAAAGGAUGUUUGCAAAGUAUUCGAACAGGGUACUUUAGCUAGCUGAUAAUUACGACAGCCUACCGACUGUCGUAAUCGGAAUGAUGUUGUUAGGCAGUUGUCAGUCAGAUACUAGCUAGCGAAUCAACAAGGUUAGCUAGCUACAGUAGCUAGGUUAAAUGCUACGGAAAUCAGGUGAAUCGGUCACUGAAAAUACAAGCAAACAAAAGCUGCAAGAGUCUCAUGUUGGUAUUGUAUUUUCUGAAAAGUUGCUAUACUUCGCUGUCAGAAGAAAAGUGAAAAUACACAUAAAACGAACCAAUACUCGUAGAUUUACCUUAGCGAGAAACUCCUUAGCCAAGCGGUACACUUCCUGUUGUUACUGCUGCAGUCUGGGAAAUGUAUGGGCACGUUCCGGAUUCUUUAGAUUACAAGCGCUGCGGUCAAACUGAAUAGCCUCCCCUCCUUCUAUAUUCCAGUUAGGAUAGCUAGGUCUAUCAGACACUUUCCCCCAAUCAGUUACUGAUUACAUUACUUAACAUCUCUGAUGCGCCUUUUCCAGUUUUGUUUUCUUUCUUUGAUUUUCUUUCACUGUGUGCGUUGUGUACUCCAACCUGUGGGUGGCAACAACACGCUAAGAAACGUUUAGUCUGCCCGGAAAUCCAAGGAGUAGGAGAAACAACAAAGAUGGCGGACAGGCUAACGCAACUUCAAGAUGCAGUCAAUUCGCUUGCUGAUCAGUUUUGCAAUGCAAUCGGGGUGCUGCAGCAGUGUGCGCCGCCAGCUUCGUUCAACAACAUACAGACAGCAAUCAACAAGGACCAGCCAUCGAACCCCACUGAGGAGUAUGCCCAACUAUUUGCUGCACUGAUUGCCCGGACAGCUAAGGAUGUGGACGUGCUGAUUGACUCACUGCCUAGUGAGGAGUCCACGGCAGCUCUACAGGCGGCCAGUCUGCGGCAGUUGGAGGAGGAGAAUCAUGAUGCAGCGGCACGUCUCGAAGAGGUGGUAUACCGAGGGGACUUGCUACUGGAGAAGAUCCAAAGCGCCCUGGCUGAUAUUGCUCAGUCACAACUUCGUACUCGCAGUGGAGGACCCAGCCAGACCACACCGCCUGAAUCAUGACCCCCACACAUGGGGCAAAGACAUUCUCACAUCACUUUCUCACAUAAAUACACCAGAGGGCGCAAAUGUGUACAGAAAAUCAAAUAAAGAGCCCACUGGGUGGACCUGAACAGCUGACCUCUCAAGGAUGUGAAUCUAUGGAAAAUACUUCUCGCAAUAUGUGAGUGGAACAUUGGGAAGUUGGUGCUUGGGGAAUUCAGUGAGGCAAGCCAUGAACCCACAUGUUCCUUUACACAAGGACCUUGAGUUCUGCCAGCAAGGAACUGUUUACUCUGUCCUUUUCUUAGCACACUCUAUUUUGGAUUAAAAAACACUGCUCGGGUGUCAACAUCUGCUGUCAUUUUCUUAACCCUGGUUAUUUUGAGGAUGCUAGUUAAGGGUCUGCUGACUGCUGUUGGUAGCCAUUUUUGUACAUACUGAAAGCAGCUGGUAAAAGGAACAACAAUCCUAAAUUGAUAGAAGCCCAUUUUACAUGCUGCAUGCCAACAAAUAAUAGCCCUUUACAAGCAAGCCCUGUUGUUUUAGAAAGCCAGGUUUUGUAUUAUUUUAUACCAAUUUUUUUAUCAACAGUUUAUUUCAAGGCAUAAAUGGCAUUUUAAAAGUAA